UUCAGGUACCCUGCACUUCACCCGCUUCCUGAGUGGGGAAGACGUCGACAGCUCUGUGGUCAGGUUGAGAUGGUGUAGGGAUUUCACAUCCGGUGGUGUCAGUAAUAAAGAAAGCAAAAAAGAAAGAAAGAAAGAAAGAAAGAAAGAAAGAAAGAAAAAAGAAAAAAAAGACCAACUGUGCUGAGAAACACGUGUAGAGGCAGAAAUGGAGAAAAAGCCCCGUAGUCUGGAGCCUCCGGAUGUCAAGGACUAUCUGGUCAAGGGAGACAGGUUCACAAAGUGGAAGGAGGAGUCAUCACGUACGUCCCCUGUCAUGAUGAAAAUGGAACCCAAAGGCUACUACCUCUACUGGACCAACCAGAGCAGGGAAACAGAGUUCCUGGAUGUUGCUACCAUCCGGGACACAAGAUGUGGGAAAUAUGCAAAAAUGCCAAAGCAUCCCAAAGUCCGCAACGUUUUCAACAUGGAUUUCCCGGACAGUAACCAUUUGGCCAAAGCCCUGACUAUCGUCUCAGGCCCUGACACUGUCAACCUGACAUACCACAACUUCUUUGCCUACAAGGACAAAAUAGUACAGAACUGGGCAGACGAUAUCCUGGCCAUUGCCUACAACACACUGAGGAACAACUCCUGCAGACAGGUCUUCCUGGACAAAGCGUUCGUCCGCAUCUCCCUACAGACCAACAAAGAUGGCAAGAUCCCCGUCAAAAAUGUUUAUAAAAUGUUCCCGGCGGACAAAAAGAGGGUGGAGAGCGCCCUGGCUUCAGCCAACCUGCCCAAAGGAAAGGGGGACACCAUGAAGCCAGAGGUUUUCACAGAAUCUGCCUUCAAAUCCUUCUUGAUGAAUCUAUGCCCCAGACCGGAAAUCUAUGAAAUAUUCUCAUCCUACUCUGCCAGGGGCAAGCCGUACAUGACAAAGGAGAAUCUGAUGAAGUUCCUCAACGAGAAGCAGCGGGACUCGCGACUCAACGAGGAGCUGUUUCCACCCCUGCGGCCUGACCAGGUGAAGGCACUCAUCGAAAAGUAUGAGCCUUCCUCUUCCAACUCCAGUCGAGGCAACAUCUCUCCAGAAGGCCUCUUGUUCUACCUCAUGGGGCCAGACACUUCAGUUGUAUCGCUCGGCAAGCUUGCCAGGCAUCAUGACAUGACCCAGCCCGUACCUCAUUACUUCAUCAAGUCCUCUCACAACACCUACCUCACAGCGGGCCAGUUUUCAGGCGUUUCAUCUCCAGAGAUGUACCGGCAAUGCCUGCUGGCAGGGUGCCGAUGCCUGGAGCUGGAUUGCUGGAAGGGCAAGCCUCCCGAUGAGGAUCCCAUCAUCACCCACGGCUUUACCAUGACCACUGAGAUCCUCUUUAAGGAUGUAAUAGAGGCCAUUGCUGAAAGUGCCUUCAAGACUUCACCAUACCCGGUCAUCCUGUCCUUCGAAAAUCAUGUUGACUCGGUCAAGCAGCAGGAGAAGAUGGCCAACUAUUGCAAGACCAUAUUUGGAGAAGCCCUUCUUAUUGACCCCUUGGAAAAGUACCCUCUCGAACCAGGCUAUCAAAUCCCUAGUCCGGCCGAGCUGAUGGGGAAAAUUCUGAUCAAGAACAAGAAGAACAGCAGCCCAGAGAAGCAGAACCAAGUGGCUGCCAACAAGACAGCAGAGCCAGACCAGGCAGAUCAGGGAGAGCAGCAGCAAGGCCCAUCUGACUCUGCCCCACAGGAAGGCCAAGACGGGGAGGUGCAAGAGGACCAGGAGGAGACGGAAGACCAAUGUGAGCAGGAUGAGGAGAAGAUGAAGAACUCAGAUGAGGGUACAGCAGGGCAAGAAGUGACUGCCUAUGAAGAAAUGUCUGCCCUUGUCAACUACAUCCAGCCAAAUAAAUUCAUUUCCUUUGAACAUGCCAAGAAGAAGAACAGGAGCUAUGCGGUCUCGUCCUUUGUGGAGACCAAAGCGACCGACCUGAUCACCAAGAACGCUGUGGAGUUCGUCGAAUAUAACAAGAGGCAGAUGAGCAGAAUAUACCCAAAAGGCACCAGAAUGGACUCCUCCAACUACAACCCUCAGCCAUUCUGGAACGCAGGUUGCCAGAUGGUGGCGCUGAACUAUCAAACCAUGGAUUUUCCAAUGCAGCUGAACAUGGCGUUGUUUGAGUUCAACGGGAGGACAGGGUACCUCCUUAAGCAUGAUGUUCUUCGUCGAGGCGAUAAGAAGUUUGAUCCAUACACAGACAGGAUUGACACCAUUGUGGCCAACACUCUGACAAUCAAAAUCUACUCAGGUCAGUUUUUGUCAGACAAGAAUGUAAAGACAUCAGUUGAAGUGGAGAUCAUCGGGUUGCCUGGUGAUCCCAAGCGCAAGUACAAGACUAAACUCUCAGCCACAGCCAAUGCAAUCAACCCCGUGUGGAACGAGGAACCGUUCGUCUUUGAGAAGAUUCUAUUGCCAGAAAUGGCAUCUCUCAGAAUGGUGGUCUACGAUGAGAGUGGGAAGUUCCUUGGACACAGGAUAAUACCUGUUGAUGCCAUACAAUCAGGCUUCCAUCACAUCUGCUUGCGCAGUGAAAGCAACAUGCCGCUUCCUCUGCCAGCCCUCUUUGCGUACAUUGAGGUGAAGGACUACAUACCAGCUGCUUUCGCAGAAUUCAGCGAUGCAUUGUUCAACCCAACAAAGUUCUCUGACAAGCCGAGCAAGUCCACGGAGGCUGAGGCGUACUUGUCCCCCUACGAGAUUCCCAUUGCCUCCAACCCAGGGCCAAAAGAGGACAAAACGGAGCCUUCAGGCACACUGCCAGAGCCAGAAGCAUUGUCACAGACUCAAGCCACCUCUUCCCCCUUGGAGGAUGCCUCUGUCCAGAAUGGUCUGCCUGUAGAGCUGCCUGCAUGUGAGAAUGACACACCAGAUUCUGACCCAGGUUCCAGCCAAGAUACCCCAGGGACCAUCAGCGAUGAUUCUUCUGUGGAUGCUUCUAUUGUGGGAAAUUCCACCAUAGCUCUUGAUACAUUAGAAAAGGCACCACCCACUGACCGGAAUGAGAACUUCUCAGGCAAAGAAGACACAACCCCUGAUGUGGAUCCUACUCCCAUAGCUUCUCCAUCUUCCAAUCUUGACAGCUCCUCAUAUGUGGAAACCACCUCUGAUGUUCCCCAAAACCCAGAUGUUGACCCCAGCCCCGUUGUUGAAUCCACCUCGGAUGUUGCCCAAAACCCCGAUAUUGAUCCCAGCCCAGAUGUGGAGUCCUCCCCAGGUGUUCCCCAGAAACUUAAUGUUGACUCCACCCCAGAUAUGGAGCUCCAACCUGAAGAAGCCCCAAAUUCUGAUGUUGACUUUAACCAGAAUGUGUGCCCUGACUCAGACAUCUCUGCUCAGGAGGUUCCUACUCCUCCAGUUGAGGUCCCCACCCUAAUAGUAGAUCCUGAAGCAGAUGUAGAGCAUCCCCCAAGUACAAAUGGGGAUAUGACUCCUUCUACAGAUGCCCCAGUUGCUCCAGAAGACAAAGCAGAGGCCCCACCAGCUAAUUCUAUCUCAGAACUAUCCACUGUAACAUUUGAGGAGCUGAGGCAACACAAGACCUUCCUGAAGGUGACCAAGAGGCAGGAAAAGGACAUCAAGGAGCUGGAGAAGAAGAACCAAAAGAAAGGAGACGAGCUGAUUCAGAAGUACAAGGACAUGUUCAAGUCUCUGAAGAAGAAGAACUCGUUGAAGAAGAAAGACAGUGACAAGGUGGAUCCAGAUUCCUUGAAGGACAGGGUUACAGAACUGAAGGCAAAGCUGGAAGCAGAUCUCAGGGGGCUACGUAGUGAACAGUAUGACCUCCUGAAGAGGAAGAAGGAGCAGCACGCCACUGAGCAAUUAGCGAAGCUGCUGGAGUUGGCCAAGGAGAAGCACGCCAGUGAAAUCAAAGCGCUGCGAGAAGCUCGGGAGAGUGAGACCAAGGAAAUGAAAAAGAGACUGGAUAUAAGGUCAAUGUCUUCCAGUAAAUCAGGAUCAGAGAAGGGCAGGUCACAGAGGGAAAUGAAUAAAGGUCAGACGGAGGACUUUGAACAGAUGUCUAAAGAGCUCCUCGAAAGUUACACAGCACAACAGCAGGCGCUGGAGAAGAAGCAGACAGCCACAGUGGAGCAGAUUAAAGAACAGACACACAAGCUUAAUGAGCAAGCCAUGUGGGAACACCACAGUAAGAUGAGAUCUCUCCCCAAUGAGGUGCGCGACGCUGUCAACUCCUGCAUUGAAGAGCAUUUCCCCGAUCAUGUGGACCAGAGCUCAGCCACCCAGGUAGAUGGAUGUCCAUACGGGGACAUCUUCCUUGGAUAAGACCUAAGUCUGCUGCCUUGAACCAGGGCAAGCCAUGAGAGGAAACCUUCUGCUAGUGUCUUUGCUUUGAAUACAGCACACUACAGGUGUCCUUUUAGGCAGCAGCAUGUUUGCGUUCCUUUUCCUACUCAGUCAUGUAACUGUAGUUACCUACCCCUCAGUGCUGAAAUCUGAACACUUACAGUUAUCUAGGGGCAACUGAAUGGCAGCAGAAGCAGCAGAAUUUUCAAUAUGCAUUUAAAACUAUUGUUUCCAGUCUUAGUAAUGCAUUCGUAAUGAUGGCAAAUUUGCAAAUGACAUCAAAAAUUAUAAGUAUGUACUGUGACCCAGCAAAACAAAACCAUGUCUUUCAAAGCAAGACCGUUAUUUUGCAUAAUCGGAAACUGCCAUCAGCGCCAACGGUCCCGGGAUCGAUGGCUGCGAGCAACACUCCCAGUGUCGAUUACUGUAACGUAAAAGAAGGUUGCAUCUCGGAGGAAGCUGCCUUCCUGUUAAAGAGGGGCCUCCUUUUUCUCAGAGCAGAUGCUGAGCUGAGACGAUGACUCACUCUGUCACAUUUCAGCUUGACCCUUUGCAUAGAGCCUUAAUAAUUUUACUCCCCCAUGAGCAAACUCUGAAAUUAGAUUUUCGUGUCAGACGAAAGAAGGAAUCCAUUUGGAGCGCUCUUGAGUAGUGAACGAAUUGUCAUUGGUUGACAGGACCCUUUGUCCAUGGAAACAGCAAAAGUUCAAAAAAGCUUUAAUCCUGACAGCGCUCAGACUGCAAAAUCAGGCCUUGAAUUCGAGUUUGUUUUAAAUAACGCUGGACUUCUUGAACUCUCAUCCUGUUUUUGAAAUUUUACUGCUUCGCAUUUUAUGAACCAACCACUGUUAGAGUAGGAUGUAUUCGAACUGGCGCGUAGCACAGCCAGCUGUAGUCACAUCAGACGGUGAGAGUGGCUUAUCCGUUUAUGGAUCGGUAAUUUAUUUAUUCUCAAGGACGGAAAGCCUUUUGUGCAGUUUUCACAACAAUGUACUGUACACCACUAGUGCCUGUGCUGUUCUAAACAGCAAUUCUGCAUUCAUGUAGUGCCUUCACACAUGAUCACUGUGAAAUGGGCUUAGCUGAUGAAUACUUACUCAUUUGAAGAAUAUGACGUUUACACCAAGCUCUAAGGAU